GAAAGGGGAAAGAAGAGAGACGGGGAAACGAAGAAGAGCGACAACAUAGAAGGAGGUUGAGGAACGCCGAAUUCGAAGGAGUGGAAGCAUAAUUCCGAAGGGGUUCGAGCGGAAGGCCAGUUCCGCGAACUCGCGUAAUCGAUUCCGUCAUGUCGCGGACCACCCGGGUACGGUCCUAAUAAAUAAGUAAUACGCCGGUUCAACCAAAAGAUCAGAAUCCCGGGAGGUGGAGAAGGAGAGGCAACGACGAAGAUUCUAUGCAUCGCUUUUAUCGUGGAACUUGCGGACAUACCUACGUACAAUCUUUUCUCCAAAAGCAUGAUAGGUGAGGUAUCGAAAAUAGGUACAUGAUAUCUAAUCGCGAUAUUAAAUCUAUGAAUUCUCAACGAAUUUCCUUGGUUUCGUAGGGCACCGACGGAUCAACAUCGCGCAUAAUGGGGAAGAAGAUGAAAGCUCGCGACGGUUUACUCGCAGUAGGUACGUGUACGCGCUCGAUCUACACGCUUCGAAGAAGAUCUCAAGUUGCCGGCGCGACAUCGGAGUAGCCAGGAGGGACAGUUCGCUGUCGUGGCUGACUGAAAAUUUCUUGCCCGGUUAUACGGUGACACUUGGACCUCGUUACACUUGGAAGGUGUCGCUCUCGAAGAAGGCAGGGUCAGUAUCGCAAGGUGGCAAAGAGGUAAAACGGAGUAGGUCUUCGCGUGACUAGAACUAAAGAGGGAGAGAGAAAGAACAGGCUAUUCGAGAGAGAGAGAGAGAGAGAGAGAGAGAGAUAGAGUCGGGUGUAAACUCGAUACCCGAUGGAUCAUCGGAGCCGACAUUCGAGGCGCCGACGUUCAGCCGAGGGAAGAAACAAACGGUCUUUCUGCAGUCAUCCGUUGGGAUCAGAGAACAUGCUGUUUCCCUAUCCUUAGUUCCCAUUUUAUAUUCUUGCACCUUCGACAACAACGCGGCGAAUAAAGAAAAAGAAACCUCCUUUUUCUUCCACACGUAGUUCCGAAUCGUUCGUUUCGAAAAUCUCUAAUAAUAUUGUUUAGUUUCUCAGAUAUUAGCGUUGCAACGAAGAAGUUGGAGAAGAAUACGGAUAAGAGAAUCGGAGAAGUAAAAUCGCGCGCGCGAUGCGCACACAUCGAAGACGCGUCGGGUAUGCGCAGACGGAUGGGCGCGUAGCGAGAUUCGCUUCGGGAAUAAGGUUUUACCGAUGGUGUAUCCUGCACACGUGAAGCAUAUAGUCGGAGGUUCCCACACUGCAGGCCAUGAUUUAUUGGCCUGCCACCCGCCAGACCUGCUGUCAUCAUCGUCCCAUCGUUGGUCCAUGAUACAACGCGCCUUACCGUAUACUAACUUCCCUUUCUACGCGAUCUUCGCGCCAUAUCGGCUUCUUCUUUCCUCGCGCCGCAUGAAACAGGAAGGCCGUUUGACGUCCGUGGUGACGUCCAUCCGCCUUGCUUUACCUUAUGCAGCCGACGUUACUGACUGCCUUACGUGCCAAUAAUUAGCUUUUUUCUUCUUCUAGAGGGCUAUCGCGUGGCAUAUACAGUACGCGUGCGUGCUAGCGUUAUACAGAGAAUCGCGAUACUUUUAACAUUUUCUAUAUGAACAAGUAGCAAACAUCGAGCUUGAAUAAUAUUAAAGGACCGCCUGUUGAAUAUAUCUCGAUAUAUUUUGCAAUGCGAUUUGUGCAAUGAAAGAAAAAAUAUUCAGGACAACAUAAGAGACGGUCAAAGAUGACAACGACAGCAUUUUUUUGUUGAAAGUAUCAACAAUUCUUCGAGAAAAGAGAACGCCUUAACAUUAAUACACGAGAAAUAAAAAAGGGCAUGAAGCUUAUUGCAAAGGUCAGUUGAGGGAGGAAAAAACGAAGGAAGAGAGCGUAAGGGCGGGAUGGGGGAAGGGAGUCGAAUGAGGGACGGUAGUAGCGGUAAAGGUGGGGAGAAGAGGAUGAGGGUUCCUUCCAGAAGACGGGGCAAACACGAAGUCGUCGGCUGUAUAGGAAACGAAGAGGGGUUAUUUCGUUUCGUCUCGGCGUACUUUCCUAAGCGGCAGCUCCACUGGCAGCUCUGCUGGCAGCCUGCUGUCGUCUCUGCCGUCUACAGUCGCUCGACACACAGUCGAACUCGUUCGCCACUGGACGGCGGAUGUCGUCGUCGUCGUCGUCGUCGUCGUCGCCGCCGUCGUCGUCGUCGUCGUCGUCGUCGCCGUCGUCGUCGUCGUCGUCGUCGCCGUCGUCGUCGUCGUCGUCGUCGUCGCCGUCGUCGUCGUCGUCGUCGCCGCCGUCGUCGUCGUUGCCGUCGUCGUCAUCGUCGUUAUCGUCGUCGUCGUCGUCGUCAUCAUCGUCAUCGUCGUUAUCGUCGUCGUCGUCGUCGUCGUCGUCGUCGUCGUUGUCGUCGUCGUCGUCGUCGUCGUCGUCACUAUCCUCUCUUUGACUCCCCAUUCUCUUCUCCUAUCUUCGCGAUACUAUUCCUACUUCUCCCCGAUCUUCCUCCUUCCUUUUAUAAAAUCCUUUGACACCGUCCUGUUCUCAAUAGUCACGAUGUCGUCUUACCGUUCGCGACUCCUCUUUCUUCUCUUAGUCGCGUCAUUUUGUGCGUCUUAUUGCACCGGAUGCGCCUUUUGCGAGAAAUUCUUUCAACCACAGCAGCAACAGCGGCAACAGCAGGAGCAGGAACAAGAGGAGCAGUCCUAUCAGACCCGCAGAACUGUAGGCAGUCCGAGACCCUUUGGCGCCGAGAGACCGACGCGCGCGCAAGAAUUCAACAGGACCGGCGUGUUGCACCCCGAGUACCAGAUACCUGCCACCCUUCGACCGGGCAAUGUGUCGCAGUUUUAUUAUCUGAACCCGCGAGAAGGUCCACCUCUCACGUUACUCGUCAGUCCCUGCAACGGUCCGAUAUCGUGGACGGUCAGUUACGUGGAGCCACCUGAAAACGAUCUAGAAUUGGAAGGAGCAAAAUAUCAGACUCGAUGGCCGGUGAAGACUCUCAAACCAGGAUCGCCUUUGUUUACGUACGAAGGAGCGGAGGACCAGAAUUUUACGAUAGCGCGAACGCGCGCUGGUUUAUACUGGUUCGAAAUCAAAUCAUUACGAGGUAGGAAAAUCGAAAAAUCAGAUCCGAGCACCGUACUGUUGUAUGCAACGUCCAACGCCUUGAAUCAUCUGCCAGGAUUUUAUGCGAGCGAAAAAGAGAAUCGUCAGCGUUCUUUAAGAUUUCAACAGAGAAGAAGCAAACGUCGGCUAACCAUAUCUUGGAACAAAAGCCACGUAGAUCCGCACCUAUCCAACUAUUGUUUGGCCGUUACAUCGGGAACUCAAGCCCAUCCUUCGACGCUUUGCGCCGCGCAAAACUUUCUCACCGUUCAUUCGUACACCGGUAAGGGAAGUUCCUCGAGCAACAGAGAGCAUCAAUAUCGGGGUGUCCCGGAAGGGGUUCAUUGCGUACGACAAACCAAGUUGACUCUUCACAGAAUGAAGUUCGACACUACGUACAACUUUACUCUAUAUGUGGUUAAUAUGCGUAACAACGUUUCGAAUAAACUCGCCACCGACGCCAUCCGAUUUCGGAAAACGCCGGAAUUGAUGCUACAUACGGGACGUUACGCCACCGUGAGUUUGAGAAAAACCGAUGGUUUUGUCAAUUUCCGGUAUCGCCCACCGGAGAACGCAUCGAGUAUCUUCCAUAUUCUUCCUUGCGGCGGUGGAAUAGUCAAGGCCAAACUAAGUGCUCCAGGAAUACUGCGGGAAAAAGAAGUGGUGGGAUAUGCGUCUUUGCGAGUACCUGUACUGCCCUCGGGGAAAACUUAUAUCCUACGCAUAUCGGCUACACCGCAGGAAUUAGCGCGAGUCUCGGCAAUCAAAGUGCUCGUUACGCAGGAGUCUUCGACGAUUUAUCCGCAGGUACCGUCGAGGAGCACGCCACGCGAAUAUCGCUCCUUGAGAAGUUGCGACGAGGUGACGAUAGGUGUAGAGCCUGCCGGUGCCGCGAAAUAUUGCAUUCUCGUGAGAGAACUGAAAGAUUCCACAACUUUGGCCAGCGUUACUAACGUACCCGAUCAGUGCGGUCUCCAUCGUCGUCGUCGAUCCGAGUAUACGUUCGAGGUCUGUGAAGAAAGAGGGAGCACGCCGAAAGACAGAGCCCUUCCGUUUACUCUCAAAAGACUGCAGCCCGGAAAGGCAUAUCUUUUACAGAUCACGGCCCAGCUCAAAGGUCGAUCCUUGUCGUAUCCUCUUUUAGGCGUACGCACGAAACGUACCUGUCUGCGUCCAUGACAACUGU